AUGAAAUUCAACGUCGUCGUUUUGCUCCUCCUCCUCCUUAUCUCGACCGCCACGUGUUGUCCACCGUCAGACCGCCGUGCACUCCUAGCUUUCCGGUCAGCUCUUCACGAGCCAUACCUCGGCAUUUUCAACUCAUGGACCGGUCAAGACUGCUGCCACAACUGGUACGGCAUUAGCUGUGACUCGGUCACUCACCGAGUCGCCGACAUAAACCUCCGCGGCGAGUCAGAGGAUCCGAUAUUCGAGCGAGCUCACCGAACCGGUUACAUGACCGGACGCAUCUCUCCCGCCAUCUGCGACCUCCCUCGUCUCUCCGCUAUCACAAUCGCCGACUGGAAAGGAAUCUCCGGCGAUAUCCCCAAAUGCAUCACCCGCCUCCCAUUCCUCCGUACGCUCGACCUCAUCGGAAACCAAAUCUCCGGCGGGAUCCCGUACGACAUCGGACGACUACACCGGUUAGCCGUUUUAAACGUCGCUGAUAACCGAAUCUCCGGUUCAAUCCCGAGAUCGUUAACCAACCUCUCCAGCUUAAUGCACUUGGAUCUCCGUAACAACCUAAUCUCCGGCGUAAUCCCGGCAGAUGUCGGCCGGUUAACCAUGCUCAGUCGCGCAUUGCUAAGCGGUAACCGAAUCACCGGUCGGAUCCCCGAAUCCCUAACCCGAAUCUACCGGUUAGCUGACGUCGAUCUCUCCGGUAACCAACUCUACGGCACGAUCCCACCGUCUCUAGGCCGUAUGGCGGUUCUCGCGACUCUUAACCUCGACGGAAACAAAAUCACCGGCGAGAUACCGCAGACGCUGAUGACGUCGUCGGUGAUGAAUCUGAAUUUGAGCCGGAACUUGCUGCAAGGGAGGAUACCGGAAGGAUUUGGGCCGAGGUCUUACUUCACUGUGCUCGAUUUGUCGUAUAACAAUCUCAAGGGACCAAUCCCGAGAAGCAUCUCCGGUGCGUCGUAUAUCGGACACUUGGAUCUUAGCCAUAACCAUCUUUGCGGGAGGAUUCCGGUGGGUUCUCCGUUCAAUCACCUUGAAGCGGCGUCGUUUAUGUUCAACGACUGUCUCUGCGGGAAACCAUUAAGAGCGUGUUUAAAAAAUUGA